CUUCCGGUCUGGCGUCCCCGCCCCCCGGGUGGCUGAAGCUUUCGGGUCUCGGUGCUGUCAGCCGUAGGGUAGAGUGGGCCGGGCGUGGCUAGGGACCACGAGCCCGGCGAGGCGGGGUCCCUGCAGCCAUGGCCUGCUCCAUCGUCCAGUUCUGCUCCUUUCAGGACCUGCAGUCCGCGCGCGACUUCCUAUUCCCUCAGCUGCGGGAGGAGACCCCCGGAGCCCUGAGAAGGGACCCCAGUAAAACAUCAAACUGGGAAGAUGAUAGUUGGGGAGCAUGGGAAGAAACAGAGCCCCAAGAACCUGAAGAAGAAGGAAAUACUUCUAAAACACAAAAACAUUCCUGGCUUCAAGAAUGUGUUUUAUCCCUCUCUCCAACCAGUGACCUUAUGGUCAUAGCCCGGGAGCAGAAGGCCGCAUUUCUAGUGCCAAAAUGGAAGCACAGUGAUAAAGGGAAGGAGGAAAUGCAGUUCGCUGUCGGUUGGAGCGGCUCCGUAAGUGCAGAGGAAGGGGAGUAUGUAACCAGUGCUCUGUGCAUCCCGCUGGCAAGUCAGAAGAGGAGUUCCACUGGGCGCCCUGACUGGACCUGCAUUGUAGUGGGCUUUACGUCUGGUUAUGUGCGGUUCUACACUGAGAGUGGAGUGCUUUUGCUUGCACAACUAUUGAAUGAGGACAGAGUGCUUCAGCUUAAAUGUAGGACCUAUGAAAUCCCAAGACACCCUGGAGUGACUGAGCAGAAUGAAGAGCUGAGCAUCUUAUAUCCGGCUGCCAUUGUGACCAUUGACGGAUUUAGUCUUUUUCAGUCUCUUCGAGCUUGUCGAAACCAGGUAGCAAAAGCUGCAGCAUCAGGCAAUGAGAACAUACAACCACCACCGUUAGCUUAUAAGAAAUGGGGUCUACAAGAUAUUGACACCAUUAUCGAUCAUGCUAGUAUUGGCAUUAUGACUCUGUCGCCGUUUGAUCAAAUGAAGACUGCUUCCAAUAUAGGUGGAUUUAAUGCAGCAAUUAAAAACAGUCCGCCCGCCAUGUCCCAGUACAUCACUGUGGGCUCCAGUCCGUUCACUGGCUUCUUCUAUGCUCUAGAGGGAAGCACUCAGCCUCUGCUGUCUCACGUUGCACUUGCUGUUGCAAGUAAGCUGACCUCCGCCCUCUUCAGUGCCGCUAGUGGUUGGCUUGGUUGGAAAAGCAAGCACGAAGAAGAAACUGUCCAGAAGCAGAAGCCCAAGAUGGAGCCAGCCACCCCGCUGGCUGUGAGAUUUGGACUUCCGGAUUCUAGACGCCACGGCGAAAGCAUAUGCCUGUCUCCUUGUAACACUCUGGCCGCAGUCACAGAUGACUUUGGCAGAGUUAUCUUGUUGGAUGUAGCCAGAGGAAUUGCAAUACGGAUGUGGAAAGGGUAUCGGGAUGCACAAAUUGGAUGGAUUCAGAUUGUAGAGGACCUCCAUGAACGAGUACCAGAAAAGGGGGACUUCUCCCCCUUUGGAAAUACUCAAGGGCCCAGUCGAGUAGCUCAGUUCCUUGUGAUCUAUGCACCACGAAGGGGAAUUCUGGAAGUGUGGAGCACACAGCAAGGACCUAGAGUGGGAGCUUUCAACGUGGGCAAACACUGCAGGCUGCUGUAUCCUGGCUACAAAAUCAUGGGCUUAAACAAUGUGACAAGUCAGAGUUGGCAACCUCAGACUUACCAGAUCUGCCUUGUUGACCCUGUGUCUGCAAGUGUGAAGGUGGUGAACGUGCCUUUCCACUUAGCACUGAGUGACAAGAAGAGUGAAAGAGCCAAGGACCUGCACUUAGUGAAGAAGCUGGCCGCCCUGCUGAGAGCAAAGUCCCCUAGGCCGGAUUCAUUUGAAGCGGAAAUAAAGGAGUUGAUUCUUGACAUUAAGUAUCCUGCAACCAAGAAACAAGCUCUGGAAAGCAUUUUGGCCAGUGACCGUGUGUCAUUUUCCUGCCUUAGAAAUGUUACUCAGACUUCAAUGGACACUUUAAAAAACCAAGAGCUUGAGUCUGUCGAUGAAGGACUGUUACAGUUUUGUGCCAGUAAAUUGAAAUUACUACAUCUUUAUGAGUCUGUCAGUCAGUUAAAUACUCUUGACUUUCACUCAGAUACACCGUUCUCUGAUAAUGAUUUGGCUGUGUUGCUAAGGCUGGAUGAUAAAGAACUCCUGAAGCUCCGGGCCUUAUUAGAGAAAUACAAACAAGAAAACACCAAGGCCACUGUGCGGUUCUCUGAGGAUGCAGAUGGAGUGCUGCCUGUUAAGACCUUCCUUGAAUAUCUAGACUAUGAGAAGGAUGCACUGAGCAUAAGGAAGACCAGUGAAGAGGAAUGUGUGGCCCUAGGCAGUUUCUUCUUUUGGAAGUGUUUGCAUGGAGAAAGCUCCACUGAAGACAUGUGCCACACUCUGGAGUCUGCUGGACUUAGCCCACAGCAGUUACUGUCUCUGCUCCUAAGUGUUUGGCUUUCGAAGGAAAAAGAUAUUUUGGACAAACCACAAUCUGUCUGCUGUCUUCAUACCAUGCUGUCCCUGCUGAGCAAGAUGAAAGUGGCCAUCGAUGAGACAUGGGAUUCUCAGUCUGUGUCCCCGUGGUGGCAGCAGAUGCGCAUGGCCUGCAUUCAGUCAGAGAACAACGGAGCUGCCCUGCUGUCUGCACACGUUGGGCAUUCUGUUGCUGCGCAGAUGUCCAGCAGUGCCACAGAUAAGAAAUUUUCCCAGAUGGUUUUGGAUGCUGAUGCAGAAGCCCUCACAGACUCCUGGGAAGCCCUUUCUUUGGACACCGAGUACUGGAAGCUCCUGCUGAGACAGCUGGAGGACUGCCUCAUACUCCAGACUCUGCUGCAUAGCAGAGCAAGCCCUCCAGCUGCCAAAGCGUCAUCUCCACAGACAGAGCCACUUCCUAGGCUUUCUGUUAAGAAACUGUUAGAAGGGGGGAAAGGUGGUAUUGCAGACAGCGUGGCCAAGUGGAUAUUUAAACAGGACCUCAGCCCUGAAUUGUUGAAAUGUGCCAACAGAGAAAAAGACGUAGAGAAUCCAGACGAGCCCAGAGAAGACUUGCUCCGCCUAGCCUACGAGCAGUUCCCUUGUAGCCUUGAGCUUGACGUGCUGCAUGCGCACUGCUGCUGGGAAUAUGUGGUUCAGUGGAACAAAGACCCAGAGGAAGCUCGCUUUUUGGUUAGAUCCAUAGAGCACCUGAGGCACAUUCUUAAUCCGCAUGUUCAAAAUGGCAUCUCGUUGAUGAUGUGGAACACAUUCCUGGUGAAAAGGUUUUCUGCUGCUACCUACUUAAUGGAUAAGGUUGGGAAAUCUCCAAAGGAUAGGUUGUGUCGAAGGGACGUAGGGAUGAGCGACACGGCACUGACCUCCUUCCUCGGCUCCUGCCUGGACCUUCUUCAGACGUCAUUGGAGGCUGACAUUAGCAGGGAUGAAGUCCAGGUGCCAGUCCUGGACACUGAGGAUGCCUGGCUGUCGGUGGAAGGCCCCACCUCUAUAGUGGAACUGGCGCUGGAGCAGAAGCCUAUCCACUACCCGCUGGUAGAGCAUCAUUCCAUCCUGUGCUCCAUCCUGUACGCCGCCAUGAGCUUUUCUCUGAAGAGUGUGAAGCCUCUUGCCCUUUUUGACAGCAAGGGAAAGAAUGCAUUUUUUAAGGAUUUAACUUCAAUUCAGUUAUUACCUAGUGGGGAAAUGGAUCCAAACUUUAUUUCUGUAAGACAACAGUUCUUACUGAAAGUUGUCAGUGCAGCCGUUCAGGCCCAGCACUCCAAGGACAGAGACCCCUCUGCACGAGCAGCAGACACUCACGGCCAAGACCUCAACUGGACAGCUCUGGCUGUGGACUUAGCCCACCACCUUCAAGUGAGCGAAGACGUCAUUCGACGGCAUUAUGUGGGAGAGUUGUACAGCUAUGGAGCUGACCUCUUAGGAGAGGAGGCCAUUCUUCAAGUUCAGGACAAAGAGGUUCUGGCGUCUCAGCUGCUAGUGUUGACGGGACAAAGGCUGGCUCAUGCACUUUUCCACACCCAGACGAAAGAAGGCAUGGAGCUGCUGGCCAGACUCCCGCCCACACUCUGCACCUGGCUGAAGGCAAUGAACCCCCAGGAUCUUCAGAACACUGGUGUACCUGUGGCAGCAACAGCCAAACUCGUGCAUAAAGUGAUGGAGCUCCUGCCAGAGAAGCACGGGCAGUACAGCCUCGCCUUACACCUCAUCGAGGCUGUGGAAGCCAUGGCUACCUUAUGACAGUAGCCCACACUUCGGUGACCACAUGAACCACUGCAUGUCCUUUUACAUAGUGAGAUCUGGAACUUUGGAAGGUUUCUAGGUUUUUUGUAUAAUAAAUAAAUAUAUUACUUUAAAAAGUGCAAUCCUGGCUAAAUUCCCAUCUUCAGAGAAGACUGAAGAUAAAUUAUAAACACAGUAACUAUCCUGUGACCACGGCAGAUGCUUUAUUAUUAUUUUUUCAUUCAAAUGAGCAGUUCUAUUGUUAAACUUUAGUACUGUUGCUGGUUAUAGUUUGCAGAUCUUGUUCUUACCGUAGUAGUCUAGUUCAUAUCCAAAUGAUUCCUGUGGGGAUUAAGUGUGUUCACACAGCUUCCAUGAGCACGCUAGAGAUGCAGCCCAUGUCCCUUUAAAACAUGCAGAGAUGUCCUCGUGGUUGGUCCUGCCCUGGGUGCCUCCUGGCAGGGAGCUCCAGGUGCUGACUUCUUCCUGCCCAGGGCGCUGCUGCUGUCAGGAGAAAUGGCUUGAGAUGGCAGAGGAACCUGGGGAAGGACCUCAAGUCUGCUGUACUUGCCAGACGUAGGAAUCAGAGAUGCGAACAAAGCAGCAAGAUCAAUUAUUAUGUAGAUUAAGAUUUACUCUAUUUUGUCAAGUUCCAAAAUUGUAUCCACAUCAGGUAAUUGUAAAAAUGUAUUAUCUUGUAAGACAUGUUAAAAAAAAAAAAAAAAAGAACAAAGCAAAGAAACUAGAACAUUUAAAAUCCAACUUUAUUUUUCUUCCAAGUGUUCAAAAUGUCUGUUUCUGGGACUUGGUCAUGUUGUCUGUCCUGGAAGCAGGACAGGGCACUUUGUGCUGUCACAGCCUUAGCAAACCUACCUCAGCUGGGUGGAGAGAUGCACCUCGAGUAGUUUGUACCCUGUAGUGCCUAGAGCAGUCCAAGGCUGACCAGUGUGAAACCCACCUAGCCUGCCUGUCAGCAGUGCACUGCGCUCUGCAGAGCAGCAAGGCCUUGCUGCAGUUCAGUGUCUCUGGAAUGUAGCCAUACAGUGUGGUUACUGCUGUCUGCCAUGGAUGUGUUGUUCACAGUGCUCAUUCUAAUCAAGGGAAGAAGACAACUCCAUUAGAAGACUGAGAAUAUUUUUCAGGGACUCCACAAUAAAGUGACACCCAGGCACAUACAAAUACGAAUUCUUUUUCAUUAAAAAGUUACAUCUAAAUAAGAUUGUGACUGGCUAAAACUAACUCUAAUUGUCAGAUUUCAAAUCUUCAAAGAAAAAUGUUUCAGAUGUUGCUCAGGUGGCUGAGGAGCCUGUCCGUGCUGGAAUCUGUGAUCACAGCUUGAUUGACACACAUACCAUCCUUGACACAGUUCUGAGGAGGUCCCCUCACCCAGGACCUUCUGCAGCACUCUGGAAGGAGCAGGAUGUGGGGAGCUUGCCAGGAAAGCCUUGUGCUGCAGGUACUGCUUAUUGCUGAUGAGGAUGGUCUUUUUACUCUAAUUCCAUUAUAUAUGGGGGGGGGGGGCUUGUAUUUUUUGAGAAUGAAACUGGCUAAAUUUACUCUGGUAGGUCACAUGAGAGACCAGAACACAGGUUACGUCUUUAGUUAGAUUUAUCACCCAAAAAAUUUACAAAAUGCAUAGAAUUUAAGAACUAAAUCCUGAGUUUAACAAAAGCAGUAACAUAGUCUACUACUUCACUAAAGGCUUUUAGAGUAAUUCUGGUAAGAAAGGAAAAUUAACAUUCAUGUAUCCAUUCUCUAACAACAAAGUGUCACAAGAAAAGGAAUUAGGUUCUAAGGCAAGGUCAGUGUCCUGCAGUUUCCUGCGGUGGGUGGGGCGCAUUGUCUGUAACCCUGGUAUUUCCCUAGACACCCCCUCUUGUCAUGAUUACAUUUGUCUCCCUCAUUACUGAAGGUGUCUGUGUAGUCCUAGCUUCUCUGCUCCAGGCUGUGUUAGAUGUGGAAGUGGAGGGCCAGGAGAAAUGUAGACUCAGCAGUACACAAUGCCCGGCUUCCAACGCGUCACACUUUUGCCAAGAUUCACCUUUGUUAGAAAAGUUCAUCUAAGGCCAGUGUAACGCCACCUGCUACAUUUAAAUAGCUUCUUAAGAUAUGAUUGCUUGUGAUUUAAAGUCAUGGAAAGCUAAGACUUAGUAACAUUACACUUACAUUGAUUAUAGCAUUCUCUUAGAAGUUGCUAUAAUCCAUUGCAUUAAGAAACAGUAUCUUACAGUGAACAGUAGCAUCGGAGAAAGCCCUGGACCGGUUUGGAUGGGUUGCUGGGCAGCUAGAUUCUGCUUAGUAGAUUAGACAUCCUUGGAAGAUCAAUCCAGUAUUGGAUCGUUUAAAAAAUGCUCUAUUACUUCUCUAUUGUCAAUGUACUCUAAGUAGUGAAUUCUGUAUAUACUGCUAUUUUCUGUCUGUUCAUUAUUAUGAGCUUAUGUAUAUUAGUGAAAUAAACUGACGCUUCACGUUA